AGCCAAUCGAAAGCCGAAGAACCCACUCGGUCUCCAUUAAGGCCCGCCCGGUGAAUCGUCGCUGGGCUACAGCGAUGGGCUCUGGCGGGCUUCUGGCGCGGCGGCUCGGGUCGCUGCUGUGGUGCAGGGCCCUUUCCCCGGGAGCUGGGCCUUCGGCGGGCGCGGGGCCCCGGCUUGGGCUGCUGGCCGCGGGGUGGCAUAAGGCGGGACCGGCGCCCGGCCGGGCCUGCCUGACUCCCGAUCACGCGCGCGGCCUGCACGGCGGACCCGGCCUGGAGGAGCGGGCUCAGGGGGCAGCCGGUGAGGGGCAGCUGGAGUCAAGCACAGCAGAUCAUACUGGCCCCAAGUUUGACAUCGAUAUGCUGGUUUCACUUCUGAGGCAAGAGAAUGCAAGAGACAUUUGCGUGAUCAAGGUUCCUCCAGAAUUGAAAUACACAGAUUACUUUGUGAUUGGUAGUGGAACAUCUACCCGACACUUGCAUGCCAUGGCCUACUACAUUGUGAAAAUGUACAAAUACUUGAAAUGUAAAAGCAAACCUCAUGUUAAGAUUGAAGGGAAGGACACUGAUGACUGGCUGUGUGUGGACUUUGGCAGCAUGGUGAUUCAUUUGAUGCUUCCAGAAACCAGAGAGACCUAUGAAUUAGAGAAAUUAUGGACCCUACGUUCUUAUGAUGACCAGUUAGCUCAGAUAGCACCUGAGACAUUACCCGAAGACUUCAUUCUUGGAAUAGAAGAGGACACUUCAUCCCUGACUCCAGUGGAGUUCAGAUGAGAAUAAAAUGAUAUGAACUGCUUUAGUCAUUAUCAGAUUUGGAUUGAGUCACUUAAAAAUGUAACUCUGAAUGAAACCCCACCUACUUGGUCAGGUUGUUGUCAAAACAAGUCUUAUUUAUGGGCACUCAUGCUAAAUGAAUGUGGAAAUUGUAGGUAAGUUCAAAUUAAAAUUUUAAUAUAUUGUUUUUAUUCCGGAGAUCCCAGCAGGAUUUCUGGGAGCUAACACUGGCCCCGGCCUCUGUGUUCUCUGUUCACAGUUUAAUUAAUUUUGCGUAAGUGUAAAUCUUAUUCGGUAGAAUGGAAUAGCCAGGUUUUGGUUUUUUUUUUUUAAUAAAGCAGAAAACCCAUAACCGCCCCAUUGGUGUUGUUACUUAAAACCUACAGUUUUUAGUUCAUAUGUACCAAUAUUAUAAAGAUCCAAAGUAAGUACUAUGGAAUGUAGAAAAGAAUGUACCACUUGAUAUUGGUACUUGCCUUGAGACUGACGUAGUAUUACUAAAAAUCUGUUUAUAGUUUGACCAAAUUUGAACAUUCAUGUUUAUUUGAAAAACCAGAAAUAAAAGAUACCAUACACCAA